GACCGGAAAGGUUGUGCGUCUGUCUGCCUCGCCGCAGGUCCGAGCAGUUCCUCUCAGAUCAGAGAAACGCAGAGAAGAUGGCGGCGUUACGAGUUGUGGUGCUAUCGGGGAGCGGUAGGGCGCUCCUCAGCACGCCGAAAACAAUCAAAACCCCGACGGCCAACAUGUCCUUCGCCACCCUGCCGCGAAACAAGAAGGUUGCCCUGACGACACUGGGUGUGGUCACAGCCGGUGGGGCAGGGCUCGCUCUGAUGCUGCACCAGUCAGUUAAAGCCUCUGACCUGGAGCUUCACCCUCCUAACUACCCCUGGAGCCACGCUGGACCUCUGUCUUCUCUGGACCAUGCUAGUAUUCGUCGUGGUUACCAGGUGUAUAAGCAGGUGUGUUCAGCCUGCCACAGUAUGGAGUACCUGGCCUUCAGAAAUCUGGUGGGAGUGUCACACACAGAGGCCGAGGUCAAGGCGAUCGCUGAGGAGGUGGAGGUUGUGGACGGUCCUGAUGAGACUGGAGAGAUGUUCACCCGUGCAGGGAAGCUGUCAGACUACUUCCCAAAGCCCUACCCCAACCCCGAGGCCGCCAGGGUCGCCAACAACGGAGCCCUGCCUCCAGACCUCAGUUACAUCGUUAAUGCCAGACAUGGAGGAGAGGACUACGUGUUCAGCCUGCUGACAGGAUACUGUGAACCUCCAGCAGGAGUGACGGUGAGAGAGGGACUCUACUACAACCCAUACUUCCCUGGCCAGGCCAUCGGCAUGGCCCCGCCCAUCUACAACGAGAUUCUGGAGUAUGACGACGGAACUCCUGCCACCAUGAGCCAGGUCGCUAAAGACGUGUGUACUUUCUUGCGGUGGGCUGCUGAGCCGGAGCACGACCAACGCAAACGCAUGGGACUGAAGCUGCUGAUGGGCUCGGCCAUCCUCGUCCCCCUGAUCUACUACAUGAAGAGACACAGGUGGUCCGUGCUGAAGAGUAGGAAGAUCGCCUACAGGCCUCCCAAGUAAUGGGAUACAAACACCCCCCUACCUGGGCUUAAAACCUUACGAGAGAGGGCUGCGUUCAGUGACCCCACAACGCUCACACGGCCAUGAUCAUACGGACACAGAACAACUGACAAACACACAUGCCUUUCUAAGAGGAGGUAGAUAAAUAAGAGUAUAUACUAUGUUUAUUCCUGGAGAUAAAUGCCUUUUUUUUUUUUAGUUGGCGAUGUGGUAGAAACUUAAUAGUGUGACAGAUUUUCCCACAUCUGGAAUCUUGUGGUGGAAGUUUGUGUCAGAGAGUUGUGGCGUUCUUGAACGCACCCCCCGAAAAAGUUUAUUUUAUCUGCAUCGAGUCAUCACCGUUGAGCAGUUCACGUCUUCAUUGCAUCACGUAUCAGACACUUCAUCAAGAUCGACUGAGGAGUUGAUUGAUCGUCCUUCUUUGUAAUAUACUCAAUUAACCAUGAGAGCGCUGAGAGAUGGUUGGUAACAUCCUGGGUGUGUAAAUCUGUCGUCCACAAAGCCACUCAGUCAGUUAGAAACGCAGCCUCUGAACCUGUUUUACUGUACAAAAUAAAUUAUCUGAAAACUU